GCAUGCACGUACAAGUUUCACUGGCUGAUUGUCAAAAUAUAGUCUAGGUAUAUAUUGUACAGGUAUAAAAGCAUCUGAAAAGCGGUAGUGCAAAUAUUCCAUGUACAAAGCAAGUGUGAUGUGUCCAACAAACGGCGAUCGAAUAGUUGAAACAAAGACGGCACAUUUACCAUCAGACAUGGUUUCGGUGGAACAAUUCCGCCUUAGUCAGAGACAAACAGCCCAGAUGGAACUCGAGAACGGACGGCUCGCCAGCCAGCUGAAAGAAGUGGUCGGCAUGAACACACGCUGGCAGAGAUACGACGAACAACGCGAGGCGUACGUCUUGAAACUACACGCAGCAAACAAAGAACUGCUCGGCAAGCUCAAUGCGUUGCAGAAGACCUACUCGGAGCUCAAGGAGCAGAUCUCUCGCGAGAAAUUGCGAGAGGAGCGCCCGGACCUAUUGAAAGACCCUAAGGUAACCGAGGCGAGCAAUAGAACUGCUCCCAUGUGCGCCCUGGACGCGAAGUUUGCCCGGAAGGAGAAAGAGAUGGCCACUUUGACGGAUCAGAUUGAGCGUCUUGAGGCGCAGGUCGCAGCCCUGCAGAGAUCUGCGGCGAAGAGACGCGAGGACGAAGAGGAACGGAUUGCGCUAUUUAAAGCUCAGCUUGAGGUAUGCAUGGAGGACUUCCGGCAAGAGAGGAAGGAUCGUGAGAAGAUGAACUCCGACAGACUACGGCUGAGGAAGCAGUUGGAUGAAGCUGAGAUGACAAUAGCAAGACUUCAUCAAGAGAUUACAGAUCUUGUUGAGGAGACACGCUGGUUACGGGACAGACCCUCAAGACUGACCCAUCACUACGGCGAGACGGCUAGAGUGACCUCUCCACUCGGACUGACCCACCAUUAUAACUACUACGCGACCGCACCUGUCAAGCAGAACCACGUCAAGAGGGUGGGCGUGGCGGAAACCACGAGGCAAGUGGGGGGUUAUUACGGACAGGACGUCCCAGACGAUGAUGACUCCUUGUGUCGCCUUCAGAGUGAUCUCACCAUCGAUGGAGAUGACCGUGACGGUGUCGCAUCGCCAACUGACAGGGUGAAUGGAGCGACUUCUCCGUUGGAUAUGACGAAAGUCCGCGAUUGUGUCCCUGUUCUCAGCGAUGAGGCGACCGGGGAGAAUCCCUUGAAAUGCCCUCAGUGUCUUGUCGAGUUCCCGGUGGAAAAACACGUCGAGUUGUCCCAGCAUAUCGAACUCUGCACUGGCGAUGCAGACGUUUCUUCCCAAUAAAGACUUUGCUGAAAAAGAAUUCUCUGCCUGCAAACCACGACUGUAUAGCUGCUAUACGUGUAUAUAUUUAUUUAUUUAUUUAUGAAUAUAAUUUACUUGCUCUAUUGUCUCUGAGUUAUACUUACAGUGACGUUGUUGAUAGCUUUAUGUCCUGUAAAAAAAUAUUUUUAUUCCA